AUGACGUGCACGGAAGACUGCACCUGUAGUCUCUGUCGGGAACUACGAGGGUAUAAACUAAAAGUAAAACCUCCACCCAAAUCGGAGCGGUCAAACGAAUAUGCUCCAGCUUCCUCUACUUCCUAUGCAGGCAAAUCGCAGCAAGGAACAAAGUACUGUAAAAACAAUAGCAAAAACAAUCGAAACGAUAAUUUUAUACUGAAAAGACGCAUGUCGAACGACUGCAACAAGGAAGGCCGCCAUGGCGUUACCGUGACACCAUCGGCGGGUCCUUCUGCAACGGAUCUUAACUACAGCUUCGACGAGCAAGCAUCGAUCGGAACCAGGCUUCAUAAUCGAAUGAAAAAAGCUCAAAGCUGCAACGAAAUCUCCUGUUUUUCAAAAAUCAACAGAAACCGCUACAGUGGAGGCCUUCUUGAACCAAAAAUGAUCAAAAGUACGAACAAUCUCGCCGAGGAGGAUGACUAUUUUAGCUACCUAUCGCCGGUUCCUCCACCGGGGCCCACAGUAUCGACUCAAAAUUUGAAAAACAAGAUUGAAAAACAAAAAGAUCAUAAAGUAAUCAUCUACUUCGGCGAUAGUAUCGCUCACAAGAAAAACGAAAAAACACGAUCCAGCCCUCCGACACCUCCACCCCCGAAAACAACCGAACUAAAUGUCUUCCACGCGCAGCGCCUGUGCGAAGAAACGGCCGAAAUGCAAUUUCGUCGCCAAAACUCGAUUAUCAUCAAACCAAAGCGUAAGGACACUGCCGACGAUCGAAUGGAGCAUCAAAAACCGGGCAAAGAAUUCAUCCAGCAGCUCAAAUCAGUACUGGAGGAGAAAAACAAAAAUCCCCCCGCGACCGCAACUUCCACAGUGGAUCCAAUGGGACCGGGUUGUUCUGCUACCGUUGUCAUAACGCAAAAGAAGCCAGCGCCAGCGCCUCCGGUACCGGCAGUGAAAACGACUGCCGUGAUCGGUGAGAUCCCUAAGCGAAAUCACACUCAGGUGGUGGAAAUCGGACGAACGGAUCAGCAGUCAAUCGCUUUCGAUGAACAGAACCGCAAUUCGUUGCCGUCGUUCGUUGAAAGUGUUGUGAAUGGCGUCAUCAAUAUAAAAAUCGAGGAAAGCUACAAAGCGGCUUCGGAUAUUGUGCAAGCAGUCUUCCAGAAUGAUUCCGUCGAAAACGGCUAUGGCUGUAUCGAUGAAGACAUCGGUGACCCUUUCGAUUGGAGCUUUGUGCAGAACUGGCGGGCACGACCCUCUGGAACAGUCGCCAACAGCCAUGUCAGUUCACCAUCCAACAACAGUAAUUCAACCAGUUCCGGUGUAAACAGCGCUAGCACCAACCUUCAGAAUGGCUCCAAUGGACUAUCGCCUGGCAAUCAUUAUAUAGCAUCCUCAAAUCCCGUUACAUCCGGGCCACGGAUUCAGAGUCCAGCGGUUGCGACGCCAGCUCCGCGUAUCUCGAAAGAAAUCGCCGUACGCCCAGUCAAUGGCAACCAGGAUCCCCGAAACUACAAUCUGUCCCCUGUUCAGAGCCUUCAGCAGUGCGGAGAUACUACCACCUCCAGCAACACGACGAACGGUAGCAAUAACAAUUUAUCCUACAGCACAUCAGCGAUGAUACCGGAACGAGACGUAGGGCCAAAUAAAUUCACGAACGGAAACCACAAGCAGCAAACCCAACAUGGACCCCAACAACAGCCUAAUGGUCCAUUGCAAAACCAUCAUGGUGGCUCACAGCAACAGGGUCCUCAUCGAUCCGUUGCUGGUCCCACAAAACUAACCGUCCAAAGUUCCCCAGUUAAAUCGCAACCGGCAAUGAUCAGUUCUGGGCUUGAUAAAACAAAUAUGAACGGCAGUGGAAACAACAACAAGCGACUCAAUGCUAGCGGGCUCAGCAACAGUAGCGGCAACCUACUCAACUCACCGGCUUCUUCUACUGAACCACUAAACUCCAGCAGCAACAGUUCUAGCAACGCUAGUAGUGUCAGCUACUUAAAGCAACACUUCUCUCAAAAUCAUCAUGCCAUACAAUCUUACCACCAUCCCCAAUCGCAGCAAAACUCCCUAGGAGGACCACCUCAGAAGGGGUUAGGAAUCACACGAACCCACCACCAUACUGGAACGCAUGAUUUUCGUGGUCUGCAGCGCGUUAACGAGUGCCACAGUUCGUCGGAUGAAAAUCGGUCCUCCGGUCAUGCGUCCAUGUCGGACACCGGUCACGGAAGUAGCUCUCCCGGUGGUAACAGAAAUAGUGGUCCGCUUGGUCCACUUCCUGAAGAUCGCCUAGCCGCAGGAGUAACAAACCGAAGUGCACGUUCACGGGCUAGUACCAACCACUCGAGAUCGCGUCACCGAGCUACUCCGGCUAAAAUUCCUUGGGGUGGCGGUGGCUUGGAAGACAUUAAACUUGCUAUACAACAACUAACGAUGCGCUCGCACACCAGUACCUCUACCUAUAGCAGUUUGAGUGCCGGAUCUGAGAGUUCUGAGCCAGAGCGUAGACUCGGCAGGUAUAGUUCAUUGGAAACGGUUAACACUAAUGUAACGAGCGCCGAUGAGUUCGUAUGGGUCGAUUCACACAAUCGUCUCGUUGAGCUGCAGCAUCCUCCCUGGAGCCAGCACUGCGUUUUACGGGUACUAAGAUCUGGGCGUUGCCGAGAACAUUCGGAGCGAGUGUCAGUGGAAGCAGUUCCUAGAUUGGGAUACCUGCUUCAACGUGCUCUAGUUCGUGUUGCUAGAGAAGUUCAACGGCUAUCCGGGCCUUUGGGAUUAUGUUCAAAGCAUGAAGUUUCUGGAGCUUUUAAAAUUGUGCUGUCACCAGCUCUGGCAGAUUCUUGUAUCAAGGCAUGCCUUCGAGCUGCCGCUAUGUUUGCCGUGCCUGGUGAUAGUGCUCUCAAACAAAGUAAGUCAGCCCGUGCAGGGCUGCAACUGCCGGUAGGACGAUUCCACCGUUGGAUGGCUGAUGCUAGGCUGGGAAGAUUCGUUCAUGAAUAUGCUGCCGUAUAUCUCUGUGCUGGGUUGGAGAAUUUGUUGGAGGAAAUAUUUCUUCAAUGCCUGCCAACGGAUCCAACGUCUACACUGACGGCUAGUGGUCUAGAACAUGCAAUAGCCGGGUCAGGCGAUUUGUGGGGAUUACUGCAACCAUAUGCGCACCUCAAUGCUGGCCGAGUUGCUUCAGGAGCGCUUACCAUGCCACGUUGGGCUAGUCAAUCGUCGAUAAACUCCAACACACAAAGCCCUGCUCUUGAACCAUGUCUCCUGACAACUUGCGUCGGAAGCCUCAAUGAAUUGAAGGACCUGGUUACCAGAGCGCAGCAAAGGAGCCAACAUAUCACCAUGUCGCAGUCAGCACUUCGUGUACUAUUUUACUUUAUGCGUUGCUCACAAUUGGAACACAAUGAUAUCGGAGUAGCGACCAAUGGUGGUGGUACAAACAUCCAAGAAUUGUGCUACGAAAGAGCAUAUGUAGUUUUACCACCGCUGGUGGAGUGGCUGCGUGUUUCCUCAGCUCAUGCCGAGUAUCGACAUGCGUUACUGAUUGACAAAGAUGAUAUUAUGCAGGCAGCUCGACUGUUGCUACCCGGCGUUGACUGCCCUCCACGACAAAUUAUAUCAGAAGAAGAGUUACCCUCGAAGAGACUCACCCUGUCCAGCCAAAGUAUAGCUUCGUCGAAUCAUUCAGGCCAAACUCAACCACUGCAUGGUUCCUUGUCGUCCAAUUCAUCCACCUCUACCACUAGCAGUAAUAUAGAGGACUCCAGUGAGUGCGGACGACGCGCAACCUAUGCUCUAGCGUUCCGUUUGAUGUUGACUGGUCGAGGAGAGUUGCUCAUUCAAGCGCUAUCGUUGGUCCCACCGACAACCCGUUACGAUACGCUCAAUCAUCAAGGAAUGACCGCUCUUAUGAUCGCAGCAAUUCGUAAUGAUGAUGCAGCUAUACAAACAUUGCUGGAUGCCGGAGCGGAUCCAAAUGUCGAAGUGCCGACAGUUGGAACCGCAAACUGUCCAGCAAUUCAUCCGGAAACGCAACACUGGACAGCGCUAACCUUUGCUGCAUGUAAAGGAAACUAUCAAGCCAUUCGAACGUUGUUAGAACGCGGAGCCCACGUGGAGGGGGGAGCACGGCUAAGUGAGGAUAAAUGCACCUUGACGCCACUGCAGGUAGCCAGCGGAGGAGGAGUUGUCGAAGUGGUUUCGCUAUUGCUUGCGCAUGGGGCGCACGCUUUCUUGUCAACGCAAUUAAAGGAUUCGCUGUGCUUCUCUGGUAGUGCACAACGGGGCUGUUACAGUGCGAUUUCUGUAGCAGCGGCCCACGGUCAAAGAGUUUCGCUGAGGAAACUUCUAUCGCAUCCACUAGCUCCAGGUAGUCGGGAGGUGCUCUCGUUAGAGGAAAUGCUUGCCGAAGGUGACAGCACCAGUCGCAGUCAACUAGAGAGACAAACUGAAGUUCCUCCAACACUAAACAAAACGCAAAUUAAAAGUCUUCAAGAGGCCAUGUAUCACAGUGCUGAGAACAACCACCUGGACAUUACCAUUGAGUUGCGUGCACUCGGAGUUCCCUGGACUUUGCAUUGCUGGAUGCAUGCUCUGGCCGCUGCUCAUGAACUUCGAUUGGAUGCCGUCAUAGACCAGCUGUUACAAGAUUUUCUGCAAGUUUGUCCAGAUGACUACAGUCAACAGUUUGUGACAGAAUGUCUGCCAUUGUUGUUCAACAUUUUCCGCUACAGUAAGGUAUUCUCUAACCAGUUAUAUAUUACAUUGUAGAAGGAGGGAACGACUCUUCUUUUGGCAGACAUCUUCAGCACUUGCUUCGGUUGGGAGCCAAUCAAGCCGAUCAAAGAACCAGUACUGCAGCCAUCAAACGGGUCCAGAAUUGAUCCUAAGUUUGUUAACAAUCCGGAACUGAGCGAUGUGACAUUCAGAGUCGAAAAUCGCAUUUUCUACGGACACAAGAUCGUUUUGGUAACCGCAUCACCACGUUUGCAGAGUAUGCUCAGUUCAAAGCUGAACGAAGGCACUGGCACGCCUACAGUUCAAAUCAACGACAUCCGGUAUCAUAUAUUCGAGUUGGUAAUGCAAUUCUUGUAUAGUGGAGGAUGUAAUACACUGGACGUGGCCGCUGGUGAUGUACUAGAGCUGAUGGCUGCGGCUAGUUUCUUCCAGUUGGAGGGCCUCCUCCGCUACACCGAGGCACGAUGUGCUGAAAUGAUCGAUAUCGAUAAUGUAGUAGCAAUGUAUAUCCACGCUAAGGUUUAUAAUGCUCAAAAACUGAUGGAGUACUGCCAAGGGUUUCUACUGCAGAACAUGGUCGCGCUCCUAACCUACGACGAUUCGGUUAAGCGGCUUCUAUUUGCAAAGAAAAUUCCUAAUCAUGAUGUGCUGAAUGGUUUAUUGGCCACACUACAGACUCGAAUCAAGGCUCGUCGGAAUGGUGUCAGCGCUGCCAACAGUGCUCCUGUUGCCUCAAACGCAAUUAGACCGCCAUCGAAUAAUAAAACUAAAUAA